AAGUUGAAAGAGGAAAGAUGGUGGAGAGAUGGGUGGUAGAAUGCAUUGUAGCAAAUCUCGUAGUAAUAAGUAUCCUUCACUGUUUGUCGCCACGUCAGACUCCAACCUCCCGAUUGCAUCAUAAUUUCCAAAUAUUCCGAAAACCCAAAAAAAAAAAAAAAAAAAAAAGAAGAGGAAGAAAGAAAAUGGCUUCUCUCGCCGCCGUUGCCGGGGACUAUCUUCGCCGACGAAUUUCUAAAAUCUCAGCUCAACUAAAUUACAGCAACACUAAGUGCUUGUAUCCGAUUCGUGGAACUCGGUGGUUCAGCAGCGGCACUGAGUCGUCUCGGACUGAGUACCCGGGCGAGAACGCGUACGAUCUCUUAGGAGUAUCGGAGACCAGCUCGUUCGCCGAAAUCAAAGCUUCAUUUCGAAAAUUGGCUAAAGAAACUCACCCUGACCUCGUCGAGUCGAAGAACGAUUCGGCUGCUUCUCAGCGGUUCGUGCAAAUCCUUGCGGCCUAUGAGAUUCUUUCAGAUUCUGAGAAGAGGGCCCAUUAUGACGGGUAUCUGUUAUGGCAGAGAAGGCUUUUGCAGAAACAUUCGAGACAAGGAACAAGGUUAUCAACAUAUAGAUCCCAUAUAACAACAUUUAAGCAGAUGGAAGUUGUUGAAUGGUUAAAGUGGUAUAGAUAUGCUAUAAAUGAUAUAGUGUCAGAGAAGAAGGUGGUUCUUGGAACAGGCUAUUUUGAUGUGCUUGAAAGGGAUUUUUAUUCAGCCAUACAUGCAGCGUUCUAUGGCCCAAUAAUUGAGUCAAUGGAUCUUCUUCCUGACCGCUUUGAAGCUGAGGAGAGGUCUGUCUAUGAAACUCCUGAGGUUUUGCACUUGGUUUCAGGGCGUGAUCUUUUUGGGAUGGUCUGCCUGGUCAAUAGGAUUCCUGAAAUAUCUUUUGCCAGUAAUGAAAAAUUAACUUCGUUUGCAUCUAUAGAUUUGGGCAUCUGUCCAACCUUUCAGAAUAUGGGCAGCCACAUGAGCUCUGAAGGCGUGGAUGAUUUUGGAACUCCUUUGAUGCAAUCACGGAAUGUUACCGAGCACACUUCAGAUGCAUAUAAAAAUCUAGAGUUGCAUGUAUCUAGAAGAGUGGUUGCUGUGGCCACUAGAGUGCCUCCUAAAAGUCAUUGCGAUGAUAUACAGAAUGAAGAGGCUCAAGAUCAGAUACAUGUAUUUCUUAGCUCACAUGAAGAUCCAUCCAUGCAUAUUACCGAUGAGUUCUCCACAGAUCAGUUUUCUGGUGGUGCAGUUGGAUCAAAGAUUCCAUUGGGAACUAUAAUUGGACUGGGGACUAGCCCAGAUGAAGGGUCUUGCUUUGUAUAUGAUAGCAAUGGUACAAAAACCCAUGUGAUUAUGAAGCACAGAACAUUGCUGGUGAAGCACAUGCACUGGUAUCGUGUGCAAGAAGAAGUUUCUGUUUGUGAGUGUAGAUGCAGUAGAGCCCGUUUACCCCCAAGCAAAUUUUGGCUGUUUGAGCCUCGAUGUGGCAUGCAUGACAUUGGUGGUUGGUAUGUUGAAACAUUUGGCAGAGAUAAGAAAGGUCGGACUGUCCCAUCACAAAGAUAUUGGGAUGGCUUUGAUGCUAGUGAAGAAUUUGACAAGAGACUCCAUCCAGCGAUAUAUUUGCUUGCGCUUGCAUAUAGAACUCUAGAUCUUGAAGAUUCAAAAAGAAGGCAACGAACAGUUAGGGACAUCGUUGGAGGAAAGCUGUUUAGAAUUCUCAGUUGGUGCAAGAAAAUUGUUUAGGAUGGAUACCACAGUUUUCUGAUGCUAUAAAUGCUUCAUUCCUGAGGUGAAAGGACCCUGUUGAUUUAGGAUUCAUAUUCAGUUACAAGGUCUUCAGAAAGCUAAGUUGCUGGCAGCUAUUUAUGCAAAAGAAAAAAUCUCUUAUCCUGCUAUUAGGGUUAACAAAGACGGUCCUUUGGAGUUGGUAUACCAUUGAAGAACAAGUUUUUAGAAUAUCCAUAUAUCACUGGAAGGGACUUUCUGAUGAUAUGAAGGGAUCAGCUAUCUGAAAAGGGGGUUGUCGACCUCUAGGUCUACCUUCGUGCCCACUAAUGGAACUAUGAACGGGGGUUGUGGAGAUUAAGACUACUACUUGCGCUAUAGGACCAGGGAUGAAGCAGAGCAGGAAGGAGGCUGGCAUUAUUCAGGCAAUAAACUGAGUUUAUGGUUCCUGUUUGUUUCAUGAGAUUGUAAGUAGCGUAAUGAGUCUUUGUGAGUCAAUCAUCCGACCAUUCCUGAAUUUUGAAAGGAAUGGUUUAAGGGGUGCCCUUUCCUAUAGCUCUAGCUGUUGAUUUCGCAUAACUAUUCAUUUGAUCAAGGCCAUAAAAAACCCAAGUUGCAUUGGCAGUGGUUUCUACAGAAUUUAUCAUCCUGUGUCUUGUGUUGGUAUUCAUGAAGAAUCAAAGAUGCUAUUUACGGUAUAUCCAGGAAAUUGUUUGCCUUUCUUUUUUCUGAUAAGAUUCCUUGAACGUGUAAGGAAUGUUCCUGUCCAGCGAUGUCUGGUAGUAUGUGGUGUAAAAGUGACUUCUUCUGUUCACUUCUGACUGAAUUGGUUUCAGAGCUGUUCUGAGGCAUUGAAAGAAGGGAUCAUAUCUCUUGGAAUAUCAUCGCUAAUGAUGUGGAGACUGAAGACAGAAGAAUAACACUUUUUUGUAGCAGGUCAAUUGCAAGUCUGGUGGAGGCUACUGUGUGAAGAAUUUAGCGGUAGUUGAACUAUAUCCUGUCAUAUGUAUUUAGGUUUGCCUUAGCUGCUUUCUCGUGUUUAUGAUGUACUUCUCCUUAUCAUAAAAAGCUGAGUCUUUUUUUGAAAGUUUGGGUUAUGUUGUCUUUUUUCCAUUAAUGAAUUACAUGUACAGGUUUCUGCAUUAUU